AUGGUCCUCUUGAUUACGACAGAUCGCAUCCUUACGGCCCUGGAGGCUGUUCCAGCUGCCCGUCGAAAAGAACUCGAUCUCCCUACCUCGCUGGAUCUUCACGGACCAAUUGCGCACAGCCAGCUCCUGCGCCUAUCUAAACACCUUCAGAAUGACGACGAAUACAACACCACAGAUCGCAGGAUCUCAAUGAAUAGCCCUACAAUUCUCAGCGCCCUCCUACAUGGUACAAAAGUAUAUGUACCACCUCCACCCAAAAAACCCGAACCGACCCCCGAAUACCUCGCCUCAAAAGCCCGCCUCCAAGCCCUAGCCGAAAAGCAAGCCUACGAACGCCUAUUGAACCCAACUUACACCCUGAAUCCAGACCAUGCCGAUCCCCACGCUAUAAACGCCGAUGGAAGCCCGUAUAGCGAAGACACUCUCACGCCUUCACUGGUGUUGAACAUCUUCCUCUCCACGCUCAUCACAGGGUUCGCCGUCUACUGGGCCCUGACUAGCUUCGGCAUGCCAGGGAUUCUGGCGUCGAUAUUCUCGUCAUGGACGGGUCCGAGUGUGGAAGGGAUGGAGCCACGGGAUGCUGUGGGUGCGUCUGAGGCUGUGCGGGUACUUUUGUCUUUCUUUGCGGCUUUGGCUGUUGCUGUUGCGGAAUCAGUACUAUAUGCAGUUUAUCUUGGGAAGGUUAAUGAGGCUAGGGAUAAGGAAAGGAAGUUGAAGGAGAGAAAGGUUGUUAUUGGACCUGUGGAGGGUGAUGCGGACGAGGGGGUCAUUAUUGGUACUGAAGGUGAUAAAGAGGAGAUCUGGGGCAAGGGGGUUAAUGGGGGCGUGAGGAGGAGAAUGAGAGAAAAGUGGGAGAAGGAGCAAGAUCAGAGUGAAGACUGA